UUCCGUAUGGGGGUUGCAAUAGCACAAGUUCCAAGUACCGGCUGAGCUACUACACUUUAAAAGCUGCCUUCCUCCUUCUUUCUCUUCUCUCUAUCCUUCUCCCCCUUCCUCCAAAACUGACCAAGUCCCAUACUCUUCCGCCAUAUCACUACUUUUCAACACGCUCUAAUUUAAACAAUACUCCCACUACCGCACAUGGAUAUUUUCACUUCCUAUACAUAACCCUAUUCCGCCAUCUCUUUUUUCACACUUCAUUUCCUUCUUCUUCUCUGAUUUUGGUUCAUGGCGUGGGCGAAGAAGCCAGGUGACUCAAAUAAUGUAGGCUUUAUGAGAUGGUUAGCGUUGGUGUUGGUGUUGGUGUUGUUAUCGGGCUUUUGGUGUGUUUCGGGUGUGAAAGAAGGAAAAAGGAAUGCGUACGCGACAAUGAUGUACGUAGGUACGCCGAGGGACUACGAAUUCUACAUAGCCAUACGCGUGCUUCUGAAAUCGCUGGCUACGCUCGACGCUCAAGCCGAUCUUGUUGUCAUUGCUUCCCUUGAUGUUCCUCCUCGCUGGAUUCGUGCUCUUGAAAAGGAAGAUGGUGCGAAAGUAGUGAGAGUGGAAAAUCUGGACAACCCCUACAAGCAUCAAGAUAAUUUUGACAAGAGGUUCAAGUUAUCGUUGAACAAACUCUACGCAUGGAGCUUAGUGGACUAUGACAGGGUGGUGAUGUUGGACGCUGAUAACCUCUUCCUUCAAAACACGGACGAGUUGUUUCAAUGUGGACAAUUCUGUGCGGUCUUUAUCAAUCCUUGUGUGUUCCACACAGGACUCUUCGUCUUGCAGCCAUCGAUGACCGUGUUCAAGGACAUGGUUCAUGAAUUACGUAAUGGGAGAGAAAAUCCUGAUGGUGCAGACCAGGGUUUCAUAGCUAGCUAUUUCCCAGAGUUACUUGAUAAGCCAAUGUUUCACCCACCACCUAAUGGCACCAAGCUUGAUGGAACAUAUAGGCUUCCUUUGGGUUAUCAGAUGGAUGCUUCUUACUAUUAUCUUAAACUUCGCUGGAGCAUACCCUGUGGACCAAAUAGUGUGAUCACAUUCCCAGGGGCACCAUGGUUGAAGCCAUGGUAUUGGUGGUCCUGGCCUGUUCUGCCAUUAGGCCUCCAGUGGCAUGAUAAACGUCGCCAAACUUUAGGGUAUGGUGCGGAGAUGGCUGUGAUACUUAUUCAAUCGGCAAUAUAUUUGGGAAUAAUAGCAAUGACUCGUUUUGCAAGGCCAAGUCUCUCAAAGCUAUGCUAUAGGCGCUCUGACAAGAGCAUCAACUUGGUGCAGAACAUCCUCAAAUUGGUGGCAUUGUGGAGCAUCCUUGCGGCUUACACAACACCCUUCUUCAUCAUUCCUCACACGGUUCACCCUUUGUUAGGAUGGCCUCUCUACUUGCUUGGUGUCUUUGCAUUGUGCUCUAUUGCAGUCAAUGCCUUUCUGCUGCCAAUGUUGCCGGUUCUGAUGCCGUGGCUCGGGAUCACCGGUGCUUUGAUUGUCAUGGCUUUUCCUUGGUAUUCAGAUGGGGUGGUGAGAGCAUUGUGCGUUUUUGGUUAUGCAUUCUGUGCUGCACCGUGUGUGUGGGCAUCUAUGACUAGGAUAAUGGCAGGGCUUCACCAGUCUCUAGAAAGGGAAGCUUUUUUGCCAAGAUUAGGAGAAUCUUCACCACCCUCUUGGUUUAACAAGUUAUAUUGAGCUGUCUGAUUGAGCAUGAUUGAAUGCUUGGGGACAUAGAUGACAAGCUCAUUGGAAACUGAAGGGGAGGAAGUGCCAUGGAUUUAGAACCAUUAUGAUGUUACGGUCGAAAUUAUAUACAUUUUUCUUGGAGCGAGAUGGCCAUGUUGCACUUACUAGGAGGAGGAACAACGCGGAGUUAGUGUGUGUAUAUAAAGAUAAAGAUUGUUUUGCUAUUUUUCACAUACAUAUGUAUCAAUUAUUGCACGAUUGGUUCUUGUAUUCAAAUUUUUAAACUUGUUAGACAGUGAGAUAAGAUCAGAGAGUUCGGCAUCAUUAGAACAUUUUGUUACAACACUGAAUCUCUUUGCUAUAUUAUUGACACCCUUGGUAAAAAUUGAAGAAAACUCAUCUCAAUGAUAUAUCACUUUCACGACAA